CUAAGCUCAUCCGGAUACGAAGAUCGUGAUUUCGAUCGUUCAGACUGAGUUUCGAUUAAGCCAGCAUCCCUGCAGAAUCAGGAAAAAUCGGGUUGAUCACCUGGGUUCCUAAUCCGCCAGUGAAUCGUCUUUCUCGCUACAGACAAGAAGGCUGACGCGCUCUGCAGCUACGCUUUAUUCGAUCUCAUCGUGUCGAUCCUGCUUUGCGAGAGAUCUUGCUUUAUCGCUAGUGGACGACUUACCGCUUCUCCUGGGUGCUUACAAAGCUCCUUGUUCGUCAUCGUUAUCGCAAUUUCUGUGCAUCAGUGUGAUUACUCGGCUUAUGUUUUCGCGGUACCUCUACUAGCAGUGCGAGCUGAGAUUAUCCGUCUGCCUGGUGGGAGCGUUCGUAGGUGAUUCGCGUCUUUUGCGAAUCGCGGGAUUGGUAGCAGUGAGGAAGUGGUGGGUGGUGGUUUUUGAACUAAGCUAGCCAUGACGAUGUUGUCGCAUCGCUGCUUGCCCCAGUGUUCAUCGCCUGUUGUCCUCGUUUCCAGCGGCGUUGUGAAGAAAUCGGCUACUGUUCAAUUGGCUUCUCAAUGCCGACACUCCCUUGCAUGCCGAGCUAGCAGCAAUGGGAGCAGUGUGAAGGCUUCUCGCGAAGAAGGGAGUACUUCGACUCCUCCGGUUUUCGAGGAUUCUACUGAAGGCAUAGUGUGCUACAUCAGCAAGGAAGGCGAGGUGACUUGUGAAGGUUGGGACGAAGGAGGUCACUUUCAACCUGAGCCACAGAAUCAAUUCACCUUGAGGAAGAGAAAAACGACACCUCGUGCUGUGCAAAGCCGAGGAGAAGUUGUCGAGAAUACCGUCUUCGAACCCAAAGGUGGAAAGAUGGAAGACUCCAUUCGUGAAGGCGAGGCAGAAAGGAGCUUUAACUCAUCUGAGCUUUAGGUAUGUGCAUACGCAUUAGCUUUUGAAGUACAGGAGCAGCUGUUGUCGAUUGCAGCAUCGGAAGAGAGAAAGUAGGACAGUACCUGGUGUUUCCAAUCUGUGAGACAUGGCGGCUCAGCACUUAGAGUCCAUUCGGAACUGAGAGCUUACAUCCGGGCCUACUUCUGUAUAUGUGUAUGUAUUAUUAGCAUUACAUGAUCUAUUGCAAUUCAUUAUCCUCACAAGUGCAGAGACGUCGAUUUGCAUAAUGAGUUUCUGACACGAUGAUGGGACAUAGGUUGCCUGCUAA